UCGGUAUGAAACAUGUGAUUGUGCACCUCAGGGUGAAGAGUCCAUCGAUGUGACAUUUUCUGUCUGUGAAGUUGUUUUGUUAGAUCCACAGACGUCAGACAGCGAGUCACUUUAAUUUCCUCAGUCUAAGUUGCAGGUAUGAGGGUGCUUCACUGGUGCAUGCUGGGAGUGACCAUCCUGCUGGUGGUGUGCGAGGUCACCAUCAGUCAGCUGUGCAAGUCACUCAUCACCCUGGUGGAUGGUUUCCACACGCUCUUCAUCCUCAUGCGCAUGGCUCUUCCUCCUCCAACUGCAAGCAUAAUAAAACCUCCGCUCUCCUCUUUGGACUCUGCGUCUCCUCCACAUGCUUCCUCCUCAUCAGCAGCACUUCCUUCCACCUUGCCUACAGAGUCAUCCAUCGAACCUCUACCUGGCACCCAGACCGCCACUGAUGGGCCAACCAUCCCAGAUCAGCCUCCCACUCCUCAACCUCACCUUGAAGCAGUCUCACUGGUUAACUCUCAUCAACUCUUCUCCCCAAAAACCUCUCCCGCAGCUCUCGACUGCGGUCUGUCCUACACCACCAGCAGGAUUCAGGCUGUGGGGACUUUCAUUUCCGCUCUCGUCCUGGCCUGUCUGUGUCUCUCGCACAUAAUGGAAAUCAUCAGCUUUUCCCUGGAGCCACACCCAGUACAGCGCCCCCUGCUCCUUGUGGUGGUCGGAGCGGUCAGUCUGCUCCAUAAGAUGCUGGUGCUCUGGCUGAACUGGGAUCAGCUGCAGGAUGAGAGGGCCGGCAGGCGGCCUGAGACCAAAACACACCUUGAAGUGAACCACAAAGUGUUGGCUGAAGAGGAAACCAAAGGCCAGGCCGAGUCGGGGCGAGUCCUGGAUGACGUUAGCCGAGUCCAGUCUGCUGUGGACAACUCGCUCCACAAUGGGGCGCUUGUCCUCUGUAACCCGGGAACCUCCAGCGUCCCUGACACUGACCCUCAAACCCCACAACAACAGCCAGAGGUCCACCUGCACGCAGCAGCUCCACAGGACAGCAGGAACUGUGAAGUAGCGAGCGGUGUUGCAGAUUUGAGUCAUUCAGAAGACAUUACAGAGCUUUCUAAAGACAAAACUUGCAUGGGACAUCUUGACAGUCAAAAUGCGUCUAAUACCUCCCCAGUCUGCAAAUCAUCACAUCACAUUGAGAGUCCUGUACCAAGCAGCCAGGGGCCAGUCCGUCCCCUGUUGUUAGUCCCUGUCAUUCAGGGCCUUUGUACCUCUCUUCUGGCUCUGACCAACAACCUGGUGAUGCUGCUGAUCGGCCCACAGUGCCUGCACAGCUCUGGGGCCUGUGGCUUCCUGGUUUACCUGGAUCCUGGUCUCUCCCUGCUGGCUGUGAUUACACUGAUUGCCACAGCUACGCCACAGGUGCACAGGUUUGGACUGCUGCUGCUACAGGCCACACCUCCACACAUUUGUGUGUCUGAUCUUGGACGGAGGAUUGCGAGUGUCCCUGGGGUGCAGGCUGUGCACGACCUCCACGUCUGGCAGUUAACUGAAUCUUUCAUAGUGGCCUCUGUCCAUGUACACUGCCACGCUGGGUUUCCAGCACACAGGUGUGCUGAUCUGAUGUCAGGGGUCACUAAGGUGCUGCAGAGCGUGGGAGUGAGCUGCUGCACCGUUCAGCCAGAGUUUGCUUCCUGCUCUGGGUGCUCUGCAGGCAGUGGGGGUGGUGACGCCUCCCCUGUCGUCCACAGAGAGGACCCCUCCCUGCCUCCUCUCCUGGCCUGCAGCCUCGCCUGUGGAAAGGCCUGCGCUGGGAAUAUGUGCUGCACUCCCCUAGGAGAGGAGCUCAGGAGCCUGCUGGCACCACCAGCUGGGGAAACAAAGGAAGAGCCUCAGACACUGGUCAUCGAGAACACCUUCCUCUGACUGUCAGUUUUAACCAAAGAAUUACGCUGGGGGGGAAAAUUAAUUAUCUGUUAUCCAUGUACCGAUGUAAAGGUAAAGAUAGUGGGGGAAAAUUAACAGAUUUGAAAGUGUAAUCUCUCUCAAAACACCGCCUGUGCAUUAUAUAUGUAAAUGUUCUGUUAGUUUUACGACAUUAACACAGUGCUGCACGAUACAAGAUUUUUACGCAAUAUCGAGUGAAAUUCAGUGAAAAUGGAGGCAUUUUUUUCUUGCGUGGCUUAAUUUGUGCCUGGAACCUCUGUAUUCUCUGUCAUGUAUGUAUUGAAAUAAAACAAAUAAUAUAAAAAGAUAAAA